UGACUGCGUGUGUGACUCGCCUAUAAAAGCCCGUGUCGGCGCGUCGCGGCGCCACAGCCUCUUCCUGUUCCCGUCGCAUUUGUUGUCUCAGGUCGGGGGGGGCCGCCGUGGCCGUGAAGAUGGCGUCUACGAGCCGUUUGGAUGCUCUUCCAAGAGUCACAUGUCCCAAUCAUCCAGAUGCAAUUUUAGUGGAAGACUACAGAGCUGGUGAUAUGAUAUGUCCUGAAUGUGGCCUGGUUGUAGGUGACCGGGUUAUUGAUGUGGGAUCUGAGUGGAGAACUUUCAGCAAUGAUAAGGCAACGAAGGAUCCAUCUAGAGUUGGAGAUUCUCAAAACCCUCUUCUGAGUGAUGGAGAUUUGUCUACUAUGAUUGGGAAGGGUACAGGAGCUGCAAGUUUUGAUGAAUUUGGCAAUUCUAAGUACCAGAAUCGGAGAACAAUGAGUAGUUCUGAUCGGGCAAUGAUGAAUGCAUUCAAGGAAAUCACUACCAUGGCAGACAGAAUCAACCUUCCUCGGAAUAUAGUUGAUCGAACAAAUAAUUUAUUCAAACAAGUAUAUGAACAGAAGAGCCUGAAGGGAAGAGCUAAUGAUGCCAUAGCUUCUGCUUGUCUCUAUAUUGCCUGUAGACAAGAAGGGGUUCCUAGAACAUUUAAAGAAAUAUGUGCUGUUUCACGAAUUUCUAAGAAGGAAAUUGGCCGAUGUUUUAAACUUAUUUUGAAAGCUCUAGAAACCAGUGUGGAUUUGAUUACAACUGGGGACUUUAUGUCCAGAUUUUGUUCCAAUCUUUGUCUUCCUAAACAAGUGCAGAUGGCAGCCACACAUAUAGCCCGUAAAGCUGUGGAAUUGGACUUGGUUCCUGGAAGGAGCCCCAUAUCUGUGGCAGCAGCAGCUAUUUACAUGGCCUCACAGGCAUCAGCUGAGAAGAGGACCCAGAAAGAAAUUGGAGAUAUUGCUGGUGUUGCAGAUGUUACCAUCAGACAGUCCUACAGACUAAUCUAUCCUCGAGCUCCAGAUCUGUUUCCUACAGACUUCAAAUUUGAUACCCCUGUGGACAAACUACCACAGUUAUAAAUUGAAUCUAUUGUCAAGUCUUACGAACACUGAACUCUGUCUGUUGUACAUAGCCUAUACCCAGUGCUGGAUUGAGCCUUUAAUAAGGAAAAACAAAAUACAUGGUACACAUUCCAGGGCUAGAAAUUAAUUGCUUGGCACUCUGUAUAUACUAGUGAAACGUAUUUAAUGAUUUCAAUUUCUUAUUGAAUUGAAUUUGCUUUCUUUUGUAGCAACCUAGGAAACUAUUUUGGAAGAUAUUUGAAAUUACAUAAUUCUUGAAUAAACAUUUACAAAAUAAAAUUUUUGUUAAUGGUUUAUAUAAUUUAUAAUGUAUAGUUACAAAUAAAUGCAUAUUAUUGCAGCUAAUCAA